AUGGAUGAAUUCAUUGGAAGUUGGAAGCUAACGUCCAGUAGUGGAUUUGAAAAAAUUAUGGAAAGACUUGGCUUGGAAUAUGUUGUUCGCAAAGGUAUAAUUGUGGCUAAACCUGUGGUAAAAAUAUCGGAAGUCGCCGACAGUCCUGGAACAUACUGUAUAAAAACAACCAAUGCCUUUCGCAUUACUGAGGUGAAAUUUCGUCUUCAGGAACCAUUUUUGGAAACGACACUGGACGGACGCAAAGUGAAAACAAUAGUUUCACUGGACCGAGAAGGAGUGGACGGUGAAUGGGUCUUGAGACAGUGCCAAGUUGGGGAGAAAGUCACAGACGUUGAGAGGAGGAUAAUAGACAAGAACACAAUGAAGACUUCCCAUGGUUAG